GCUAAAUCAGACCCAAACUGCGGACCCUGGAAGCACUUAGCGGAACGCAUGGGGUAGUUGUGAAAUAUUGGCGCACGGCACCUAACUCGAAACCAUAUCCAUUGGGUUAUAGCGCAAAUAACCUGCUCUCUCUCACUUUUGCCAAAACGCGCCUUGUCCCGUUACUGCCUAAUCCAAUAUUUCAGGCUCCGUUACACCAGUAGAAGAGAUUGUAACAGCUUUACGGAAACGAGCAAAGGAACUUGGAGCGCUGAAAGUCGAGCAUUCAGUUGAUUCUGUCGCUCAGGGUCCUGUUAUCACUCACUCCUGAAAACAAUUUGGAUUCCUCCUUCGAUGCAUUUGAAGCGGAUGAACAGUUACUAUUACAGCCGUUGUUAUCGGUCCCCACUGAUCCGAAACAAUACAAUUAGGAGGUCCGUGUUGUUCAAGUUGGGGGUCUUGAUAUCCGCACUGUCAGUGUUCCUCUUUCGCAAGCUGGCAUUCGCUAUGGUCACUUCUACGCUCAUCUUGUUCAUUACAACACUGUCGAGGAGGUUGAGAGAAUAUUAGCGGUUUUCAAGGAGUUACGAAGAGGGAAGGGACCUUGGACAGUGUAAAUACGAGGU